AUGCCUGCCGUCAUUUCGUACAGCUCUCUUUCUUUUCCUUUCCAUCAUCGUCGACAAUUUCAAGAUGCCAUCCCGCACGCCGUGCCUGAAGCACCUGAUCGCCCUCCUGGAGAGAUUCAGGCUACCAUCAAAGAUUCCUUCAAGAUGCCGUCCCGCCCACCCUGCCUCAAACAACUUUCAAGGGUGGCGAUGGCCGUUGAGGAGAUCGACCGCCAUGAGGAGGGUCUCCAUCCAGGGGGAGCCGGUCACGGAGCAAUCUGGCCAUCCACUCCCUCUACCGCCGCCGCCGACUCCCCUCCUCCUCCUCCUCCCUCUACGACUCCGGUAAAGAGGCGCCGCGACCUCCAGGGUCGCAAGAUUCUUUUGUCCUCCACGUCUUAG